GUUACGCUUAUUCCCGCGCAUUGAGCACGUGUUGUUGUGUUCCUCACGAACGUGUUUGUGUCAUUCACUUCAAUUUUCUGAUCACCGAUUACGAUGGCUGACGAAGAAACUAAGCCUGCAGAAGGAGAGGAAACCACUGAAGCAGCCGCCGAGAAUGACGACAGUGAUGGAGAUGAUAAAGAAACAGGCGACAAGUCAACAAUCGUUUCCGAUGCGCUGAAGACUCCGGGCGUUUUGGAAGCCGUCCAGAAUCACUUGGGUUCACUUGUCGGUAUGUCAUCCGGUUACCUUGAAAAUCUUCCCGAGCCGGUUAAACGAAGACUAAGAGCACUGAAAAACAUACAGGUUGAUUGCUUGAAGGUCGAGUCAAGGUUUUAUGCGGAAGUCCACGAAUUGGAGUGCAAGUAUCAGUCGUUGUAUAAAGAACAUUAUGAUAAGCGUGCUACUAUUGUGAGUGGAAGUUAUGAGCCAACUGAUGAGGAAUGUGAAUGGGUGGAGGAGGAUGAUGAGGAAGAAGGUGAAGAUAAGAAGGAGGAGGAUACAGAACCUAAAGCAUCAGUUGUUCCAGAAGAUGCCAAAGGUAUUCCUGAAUUCUGGUUGUCAGCAAUGAAAAACAUCGAAAAUCUCAACCAACAAAUUCAAGAAUACGACGAGCCCGUGCUGCAGCAUCUCACCAACGUAGAACUGGAGUACACUCAGAAUCCAACAGGUUUUGUUUUGAAAUUCCAUUUUGAUCCCAAUGACUACUUUACUGAUACAGUACUGACAAAGACAUAUGAGGUGAAGGCUGAAGUUAGCAAUGACAAUCCGUUUGCUUUCGAUGGACCAGAAGUCACAAAAUCUACAGGUUGUAAGAUCAAUUGGAAGAAAAGCAAGAAUGUUACCGUGAAGAUGAUGAAGAAAAAGCAGAAGCACAAAGGACACGGGCAGUCACGUGUCGUGACAAAGCAAGUCAAAGUUGAUUCCUUCUUUAAUUUCUUCUCUCCUCCGGAAGUUCCAGAAGGUGAAGAAGGAGAGCCUGAUGAGCUAGAAAAACUCACAUUUGAUUACGAACUGGGUCUCUUCUUUCGAGAUAGAUUCAUUCCACGGGCUGUCUUGUAUUUCACCGGUGAAGCAAUAGAUGACGACGAUGAGUUCGACGAGGAGGAGUCGGGCGACGAGGACGAGGAAGACGGCGAAGGGCAGGAUCCCAACUACGUUCCCAAGACUACCGAUGGAAAGUCUCAAUUUCGGAAUGUCGAUGAUGGCAAGCCUCAAGAGUGCAAGGCACAGUAGAGAGAGAGAGAGAGGGUGGAGACAUUCAGUUGGGCUUGAAUAUCGUAACCGCACAAUUAAUAAUAAAAAUUAAUGUGGCCAUUCA